AUGGCCCCAAAACGGGCCCCCGACGACGACGCCCUCCACGACAACAAGCUCCCCAAGCUCCCCAAGCUCGAGGAGCCGCAAGGGAGCCCGCUCACACAGUCGCGCGCCCAGUCGGCCGACUUCUCCAACUCUACCAAGAAGAAGCUGAGCGCAUCCUCGCGCACCGGCCAGGCGUGCGACAGAUGCAAGAUCCGCAAGAUCAGAUGCGACGGCCGGGCAGGAGGUUGCUCGCCAUGUCUGCAGAACAACACACCGUGCAAGACGACCGACCGCAUCACGGGCCGAGCUACGACACGGGGUCACACUGAAGCCCUCGAGGGCGAAGUCAGCAGUCUGCGGAGCCAUGUCGCGGAGCUGCAAGCGCAACUGAAGGAGCUAGGAGUCGAGCCAAAGCCAUUCAGUGGCUACAAUGGAUACACACCAGCGGCAGUGCAAUCGCAACCGCUGCAAUGGACAUCGGCCAGCUCUUCGGGGAACAAUGAUCAGAUGUGGUCUACGGAACAAGCCCCAGCCAGCGCGAGCGGGCCUCCUCUUACGCCGUAUAGGGCGUCUGGAGAGGUACCUCUGGCCACCCAGGCGGUGGAGAACAAGAUACUAGCCAUGCUCCCGGCCUUCAAGUCCGCCGCUAUUGGAGACAACUAUCUCGGAAUUUCGUCCGCGGACUCGCUCCUUUCACCCAUCAAAGGAACCUCGCUCUCCGUAUUUGGCACAGAGAUCGACAUCACCGAUUUCGUUGACGGAGAAACUGAUUACGAGAGUUCCGUCCAGUCGUAUGGGCAUUUCCUGAGCGUUGUUCUCGGACAUGACCAGAACGUGGAGCCACUCCAAUUCCCCGAGUAUCAGAAACUCAGCGAAUACGCAACCUGGUAUCUCCGGUCUCUGAACCCAUACACUAUGAUCCUGGACAGGGCAUCCUUUACGCAGCUGAUAUGGCGCAUAUAUCAUGAGCCCGGCUUUACCCCUUCUCCAGCAGAGACUGUCAUGGUCCAUAUGAUGCUUGCAAUCCUCAAGUACCAAAUAGCGAAGCGCAAUCACGAUGAUGUCAUGUUUGCGGAGUCUAAUAAGCAUUACCGAUACUCCCUCAGCUUCUUCGGGGCACUCUUACGGAAUCAUUCUCUUCCAGACGUCCAGGCCAUGGGUUUGAUUUGCAUACACCUUCGCAACUUUCCUAAACCGGGCGCUGCCUGGUUAAUGUGUUGGAUGACCUUCGCAGUUGCCGUCGAACUCGGCUUCCAUCGAUCAACCAAAGCAUGGGCCGCAACAGCCCCCAAGAAAGAUGUGCUUGAAGUCGAAUUGCGGAAGCGUGUGUUCUGGACCAUAUAUGCACUUAACGUCAGUCUGAGCGGGAAGCUUGGCCGGCCCAUGCCAAUCAGGAUGGAAGAUAUUGACGUCGGAUUUCCCGAGGUGAUGGAUGACAGUAUUCCAGGAGAGCAAAAACUCGACUUCCACAAGUGCUCCUUUCAAGUCGGUAUUCAGACGGCGAAAACAGUGCCAAUGUACAGCAAUAUGUACAGCACGUUGUACACCGUCAGACAGUCACCCAACUCGUACGAGGAGACGGUCCGGAAAUUAGAGGCUUCAUUGCGCAGAUGGCGAGAGGGAAUUCCUCUUGAACUGUCGGAUCGACAGGCCAACCAGGAAAGCUACAUUUUUUCAAGAUAUCUCGAAUUCUGGGAACUCGAGUUCACGCUUUUACUCCAUCAUCCAGCCGUGUGCCGUUCUUCCAGUCCAGAAUUCAUGAAAUCUAAUCUUGACAUCUGCUUAGACGCUUCUCAGAAGAUGCUUCACAAUGUCAACGAACUUCGGAGAUAUAAGAGCUUGGACAUCGUGUGGAUUAAUUGCACGACCUAUAUUGCUGCAAUAUUCACCACGUUAUUCAUUCAUUCUCAGAGAAAGGAUAGUAUCACCUCUGCUGAUAUGCACGAACUGAGGAAAGAUAUGGAGCUCUGGCUAGACGCCAUGGGCGAAUGUGGUGAACUCCUAGGGUCAGGUUUGAAACUUCGAAACGCGAUCUUUAAGAUCGUAGAGCUGUCUUUAGCGAACAUCAGUGAACAUCUAGUCAAGAAGACAGCCACAGAAGCUGUGGCGCGUGCAGCACUCAGUCAGACUCCCCAGCAGCAGGUAAAUCCCGCUCCCAACGCAUACGAGAACACGGCACACUUCCAUUCCCAAUACACCAAUGCUGCACCUGGUGACGCUGGCUCUAAAGCUACACCUAAUUACCUGCCUUCGGUGGACCCUUCAAUGGGUGCUACAUCGAACAUUUACCCGGGAGGAUCGCCCGUGUUUCCAUACAGUAAUGGGGCGGCAACAACGCUAGCACCAUAUCAAGGCGACAGCAAUAACCACUCGUUCGACCAACCGACCUAUGCUGGUGUUGCGGAUCCUGGAAUGAGUGCAGCUCAUGUCGCUGCUAUCCAGUCGGCUGCUUCUGGGAACCCGCCACCUACUCCAGAGAGUUUCAUAUAUGCCAACAAUACAGCACCGAAUAAUGCACCCCAGCAUUACCCAUCACACAACGAUGCUUGGCAGCAAUGGACACGUGCUAAUGUCACCCCAAUCGAGCCACAAGACUACAGCCGACCGCAGGAGUACCUCAACACUGCGAACACGCUGAUGGCAUUGGGUGGCCGCGACGGAGUAACACCGACCACUGGCCAGGAAGGCGUAGCAUCAGCAGAAGGGUCUUCAGUGGCUGCGCAAACAUCAUCGUGGCCAAUGAUGAUAUUUGGGAUUGGGCCGAACGGCAAUAUGCAGUCACAGUAG